GUUUGCGUGUGUUUAUCGACUGGGCCAACCAGUGACCUGGCUCCUGUGGAGGUCCAUCUCUACUGAUGCAGGUUGGUUGCGUAGCCAGGAUCAACCUCACCCAGCCAGUCACGCCAGCCCAUUAUCUCGCUCGCCAUCAGUUGACUGCCUCCGCUUCCAGUUGCUGUGGCUUGUUUCGUUCCUGGUAUCAGAGGUAUCAUUUGGAGUCUCCAUCUACGACGACAUCCAUCUUUGUAAACAACUGCCAUUCCGAUUUGACUCGUGAGAUCCCUGUGGCCGACAUCCCGCAACUCAACACAACGAACUGUCGGUAACUGUCUCGGCGGUGGACAGCGUUUAUAUUCCCCGCUUUCUCAACCACAUCCCAUCCUCUCCAGGGUCUCCAUAACACAUCUCGGCACCGAACACCGACCGUGACAAAUCGCUACCAUCACUCACCAUGAGGCUUUCCGCAGCUGUCAUCGCUCUCCUUUCCACGAGCGCCGCCGCUUUUAGCGUUUAUCGCGAAAACAGCGUCUCUGCCAACGAUGAACUCGAUGUUCCCGGAAAGUCGCCCUUGAGGUUUUGUGACGCUGCGGCCGAUCGCAAAGAUGACAUUGUUACCAUCGAGGAGGUCAUAUUGACACCAAACCCUCCUGAGGCCGGUCAGACCCUGACAAUCGAGGCGUCUGGUAUCGUCAAGGAGGCCAUCGAGGAAGGGGCAUACGUCAACUUGCAAGUCAAGUAUGGCUACAUCCGCCUGAUCAACACCUCUGCCGACCUGUGCAAGGAGAUGAAGAACGUGGAGCUCGAAUGCCCCAUCAAGAAGGGCAGACUCUCGAUUACCAAGAACGUUGAGCUGCCCAAGGAGAUCCCACCUGGCAAGUACACUGUUGAGGCCGAUGUCUACAACAGCGACGAUAAGCACAUCACCUGCUUGACCGCCACCGUCUUCUUUGGUCGCAAGACUCUUGGCUUCCUUGACGAUCUCUGAUCUGGGUGAAGAGCGAGCGGAUUUGACGAUUAACAACGGAUAUGGCAUGUUUAAUCUAGACCUUGGAUGAAUACUGCGCAUGAUGGAUUAAUGAACUCAUUCUUGGCACCGAAUCGGAUGAUGGCACUUGCACGGCAACAGCAUUUGUAUGGGUUUUGCUUUGGUAGUACUGGAGUUUUUCGCGUUUAGUAGUUGGUUUUUGAGACUGUUUCUGCCUUUAAGCAUGCUUAGGCGUGAACAUAUCUGAGGAAACAUUCCCGUCGUUCUGCUUCUUUAUAGGUAUUCUGAGUUCCCCGCAUUGCGCGCCGCCGCUGUGAUGUCGUGGGCACAUUGAUUCCGCUAUGCCCCCAUGAACCUGACUGCUUCCAUUCCUUCCAUCGUGGCGUAUCAUUCC